GUCGUUGUUGCCUUCGUCUCUCGUCGUCUUUGCCCUCAUUUCGAAGUCGCCAUUCGUAGCAAAAUAAUGGCCCGCGAUUCCGACAAUUGAACAUGUUGGAGCUGAAAUUUGCGCAACGAGUCGAGUGCAAUCGGUGAUCCCAUCUACAAUGGAGAUCUGAUCGUUCUAUAGUAUUACCUCGCGUAAAAAUAUGUGAUGAUCUAACGCCGCGCUCUAACUACACUAAUUCGUAUACAUUAAUUUGUACAAAUGUUUUGUCUACUUGAGAAUGUUUGCAUGUCAAAUUCAAAGUUCCUGACCAGUUUUUGACUUUGCGUCUGUUCGCAAAAACAGGACGAAAGUGUUUUCACCCAUGCUGGCAUGUUUGGUGAUCCAUUGUGACUUGAAUGGGGUAAAAAAUGGUUGUACUAUUUUCUCGCAACGAACGAAUGUAUAAAUACGACGCAAAAGUAUUAAUACUCAGUGACGAACUCCGUUGACCUGUCGAAGCGUGAGAGAAGAUUUAACAGCGAUAAAACCGGAUCCACCCACUUGCACGGUUAUAAUGUCCCGUAAUCGCACGAAGAUGCAAAUAUAGCCGCUACAAUUAUACAGAGAAUAAUACGACAUGGAACGUUGAAAGCGUGACGUCAUCGAACUCGAUUAGCUCAUCGUUGUCGUAUAUCAAGGGUAGUUCGUAGUGAAAGUAGAUCCACCCACUCACGCAAUUAUGAUACUUCGUACUCCGUACGAAAGGAUAAACAACUGUUACGCACAAGUACGUCGUAAGAGCGUUAAUCGCCGGCGCUGUCGCAUCUGACGAGGGACGAUCACGGCGAAAUCUCAAAGCAGCACGUAAAUCAUUAGCUAUUGUGUGCUUACAGACUGUCCUUAUGAAUCGUUCUGCGUUAAUUAUCGAUGCGAUCUCUCUUUGCAAGGUGCAUCAGCAAAUGCGAGCGUUAAGUGGGGAAAUUGUCGACUUGAGAAAUGUCGUCGACCGUGAUUGACGACGAUUGAUCGUUGGAUUUAUCGUUGCACGUCAGCACUUGGCAUCCUGAGCAAGUCACUGUCCAGUCAUCGAUAUGACUUUCUUACGAGUCGCACAAUCCGCAAUUAUGGCCUGUAAACACUGCGAUUUUGUCGAGGACGCGAUCAAUAUCUGCGGGAAUUGUAACACGAGGUGCAUUAUUGUCGGAAUCCGAAGCAGCGCUUUUAUGCGAUUAUCAGCGCGAUAGUGUGGACCAUCCUUGCAUAUCGUUUUGAUAUGUUUAUACACGACUAUUAUUAACGCGAAUCCCAAUUUGUACGCAUCGACAUUUUUCUCAAGCAUAACGCCAAUAGCGAUUGUAAAACGUUGUUCAACGACACGACCAGUUAGGCAGGAUUGUAAUUCUUCUUCCUGAAUUAUGAUUAAUAAUAAGAAGCGAACGGACAUUGCAUCUCCAAUUUGUUUCCGAUACUUAAGUCUGGGCGACGACACAUAAGUCAAACACAUCUGCCUUCCUCGCAAGAAUAGAUUGUGGAUAAAUUUGGAUCUUGUCGCAAGUAUUAUUAGCGGGAAUUGAUGCGAGAAGAGAUUUUAUUACAUGUCAACGCCUUCAUCGAAUUAGCAACUAGUUAAGAUUCGUCUAUUCGACCAGUUUUGAGGGACCAGCGAAUUUUCAAGCUGCACGAGGAAACAACGAAGGAAGUGAACGGGAAGUGACAAGGAGGACCAAUAAUUAGCAGCAGCAAUAAUUGACGAAGGGACCACGGAAGUUUAGUAAAUAAGACGAUCGACGCCACUAUGAUGGAUUGGGGAAUACGACGUUCCAUUAUGUUUCACGUGAGAAGGAGGCCCGCGGAUUACAUGCCGCGAAAACGGAAAAAGAAACCCGCCGGCAAGUGGAACGAAUUGGAUCACAGAUACGAGGAUGAGAGAUUGCCAUUCUUGCUGGAGCUUAAUUCCGACGGCAGCGAUAUCCCAAACGGCGCCGGAGUGCGACACCGGUUGCAGCCGAACGUGACGGAAGUGGGAUCGGAAAGACCCAUAGGACCGCAAGCGGUGCAAGCACAAACGCUGACGCUGCCGGGACCGACAGUGAUGCCCAGGCAUUGCGUCAUAGCCUUCACCGAGAACAUCGUCACUCUCACGCCAUGUUCCAGAGAUGCGCAUACAUACGUGAAUAACCAAAGGAUACAUCAGACCACCAUACUGCAGAAUGGAGCUAUCGUCAAAUUUGGUAGGAUGUACACAUUUCGAUUUAUCGAUCCGGCACCGGAGGAGCGCAUCAGACAGAGACACGACUCUAACAAGCAGAUAGACUAUGCUUAUGAUCGACGCUCACCGGAUGCUACCAGUCAGGAUGUUAGCUCGGAGAAAUUUCACCCGGGAUCGGCAACGUCGAAUGGCAGCGGCGGUCAGACACCAGGUCAGACUCAGGAACGAGCGGCCCCGUCGAGCCCUUCCAAGUCCGCCGCUGUCGCAGCCCGUAGUCCUCGUAGUCCCACGCACCCUCCAGAGUCCACGCACAAUUACGAGACCACGUUUGAUCUGGACGGGAACGUGGAGACCGCCAGUCUGAGCAGCAGCAGAGACGGCAACAGACUCUCACAGUACGAUCGGCAGGCGUGGGGCGCAGAUCCGAUCCUGCCGGCCGUCCUGGAGUUCCUCGAAGAGACCGAGGAAGCGUUCCUUCAUGCCGUCAUCACAGACGUGGAGCCCUCGGCACCGCAGUUCAAGCUGGCGCCGACUUACACUCUUUAUCUGAGCGCGAGAUAUCGCGCCAGCACUCAUUACAGGCCGGAAUUGCAGCCCACGGAGAGGGCGCAUCGGCUCACCCUCAUGCUGGCGAAUGUCGCCACCAUGAUUCAGCGCGUUAUCCAGGAACGCUACAUGAAUGCUUCGUCGUUGGCAUUUUGGUUGGCGAACGGCUCGGAGCUGCUGCACAUGUUGAAGAGCGAUCGUCACGUGGGCGCGUUUUCCACGCGCGCGCAGGACAUCCUGGUGGACGCAGUGCACACGGCAUUCGGCUCGCUCGUGCGUUGCGUCACUCUGGAACUGACGCCGGCGAUGACGCAGUUCAUGGCAGACGCGGAUGAGCCAGCGAAGGAAGCCGGGGUGCUGCAAAUCUUCUCGAACACGAUGACGCUGCUGCGACGGUGCCGCGUGAACGCCGCGCUGACGAUACAGCUGUUCAGCCAUCUGUUCCACGCGAUCAACGCCACGGCCUUCAACACCCUCGUUUCCAACGGAAACUUGUGCGUCAGAUGGUUCGGGCGCAGGCUUAAAGCGAGGCUGAACGCUCUGGAAACCUGGGCCGAGAGGCAGGGCUUGGAGCUCGCCAGUCAAUGCCACUUGGCGACGAUUAUGCAAGCGACUCACCUGCUACAAGCACCCAAGUACAAUGCCGAGGAGCUGGCCACGCUAAGCUCAACUUGUUUUAAAUUGAACUCGCUGCAGGUGAGGGCGUUGCUGCAAAAAUAUCAGCCGGCCACGGACGAGCCCAGGCUACCCGCCGAGCUGAUCGAGAACGUAGUGAGAGUGGCGGAAAGUGUUGCGGACACGCUCGCGCGUGCGGACGGUCGCGAAAUAAGACUGGAAGAGGAGCCUGUUCUCGGAUUAGCGUUGCUGCUGCCCGAGGAUGGCUACAGCUGCGAAGUGAUAAGAGGCGUUCCACCGGGAUUGGCCGAGUUCCUCGCGCCUCUGCAACGAGACGGUUUGUGUCGAAUGGCAGCCCAGCCUACUAGCAGCGGCUACUGGACUAUUUACAUGAUAGACCACCACAACAAUAUGCGUAGUCCCAGCGCGAUGAGCAACAGAUCGGGUGGCUACGUUGGCCAUAUUAAUCAAAAUCAAGCUCAGCCAGAGAUACAAGUUAUUAAGUUGCAUAAAAGUACCAACGGCAUGGGUUUAAGCAUCGUUGCGGCGAAGGGCGCAGGGCAGGAUCGACUGGGUAUCUAUAUUAAAAGCGUUGUUGCUGGCGGUGCCGCUGAUGCUGAUGGUAGAUUAACGGCGGGCGAUCAGUUGCUCAAAGUCGACGGACAAAGUCUGGUUGGAAUCACACAAGAAAAGGCUGCAGAAUAUCUCGUACGUACGGGUCCGAUUGUAACGUUGGAAGUGGCGAAGCAAGGCGCUAUAUAUCACGGACUCGCGACGUUAUUAUCUCAACCUUCUCCUGUGAUGACGAGAGCAUAUAAAACUCGGCCGAAGUCCGAGCUGUUAGAACCGGCGGUAGGAGCAGCAGAAGCGACCGGCGGUCAGCCAGCCGCAUCGCGCUCGAUGGGUGACCUGUUGUCCUUCCCGAAACGGGCGACGUCUCAGAGCUUAGCUCAACCAGGUCCUCGUCGCAUGAGCGAGCGGGAUCUAUCAUCACGACUUGGAUACGACGCCACUCCUCAGCAAAUCCACAGCAGCAAGUCUGUGCCGGCGUUGCAUAAUAUGGGUACCGAGGUAAAGCAGCAGCACGAGGUGUUCAAUCCGGGAUACAGCAGAGCCUCGUCCAGCAACAGCGUCACUCCGCCCGUUCAACCGCCUCCGAUGGCGACGAUCAACAGCGCAACUGCCUUGCGUUCCAGGUCGAGCCACAAUUUGCACGAUCCUAUGAGAGCGGGUGCUCUACCGCCUACCGGCUUGGUCAGCAGGCAGCAGUCGUCGCCCAAUUUAAAUCCGAACGUGACACACGCGAAUGUGCCGUUGAACGCGCAAAACACGGAAGUGGAGAGAUUUUAUCAGAAUCUAAGUAUUUAUCGGAAUCAAGAGGCGGCGCUGAAGCAACAACUCAGUCCACAACAAUCGGACGAUAGGAACCUGCAGCACAAUCAGAAUCAGAAGAAUACUCUGAGGGGUUCGCAAAACUCGUUGAACCGACCGUCCACCUUGGAAGCCACCAACUACAUUCGCGACCGACCGACGUCCGCGUACGUCACGCAGGGCCAGCAGCAAAGUUACUCCGCAGUUGGCAGUCAGAUGCAGCAGCAGAACGUGGGACCGUCGUCGCGCUCGCAGUCCACGCGCGACAUAAUUCGCCAGGAGGCGAAAAUGCAGGAAAUGCAAGAGGAGGUGCGUCGACGGGAGCUGCGCGGCGGCGCGCCGAUGCUCGGUCAGCACAGGCCGCCGAUGUACAACGUUGGCGCGCGAGGGGUGGCACCCGCGACCCAGCAGGCGCCGCCGAACGCUCUGAGCGUCGCCUUGCCGAAACCGUCGCUCGGCUCCACGUCGAACCUGGGCGUGGCUUCCGGCUACGCUGCGAGACAGAACGCGCCUGGCUACAAUUACACGGACAUCCAGCACGUGCAGCACAACAACGCGCAGUACAAUCAGUACGGCCAGUACAAUCAGUAUCCGAAUCGGUAUCCGGUAAGCGGCGGCCAGUACGGCUCGAUGCUGCUGAAGCCGAAGAACGAGGCGGUGAUUCGCGGCCACCAGUCGAUGCCCCAUGAGAGUCCACUCGGCAAAGAUCAGCACAACCAGCAGGAGGCGAAGGCGAGCGCGGAACAGAGUCGACAUUUCGCCGGCUCGCAGAACAGUCCGCACUAUCCGAACGGCAGCCUGGAGCAGCGUGUCGAUCAGUACACGAACGACGGCAUGAUCAAUCGAGCGCAGAACGGAGAGAGCAAUCCCGCGGCGACGUCGGAGGUGCCGCCGACGAGGCCGACCUUGCCGUCCGAGGAAUUCAACGAAAGCCCGCCGCCGCCGCCGCCGGACACCUCCACGCAUCCUUUGUACAACAAGCAAGCCGAUAUGAGGUAUAUGGCGAGCAUGCAAGAUCCACCACGGGGUAGUUAUUAUCCCGCGGGAGGAAUCAGCGCCAUGCAACAACCACGUCAAUAUCAGUACAGCGCGACGAAUCCUUGGCAGCGAGAAGAAAGGGAAAAGGAGCAAGCUCGUAGGAGAGAAGCCGCCCGACAAUGGCGUGAUCAACAGAUCGCUGAGCUAAGCGCGCUGACGCAUCGAACGCAGCAGCAAGAGGAGCAGCUGCGAGCGCUUCAGCUGGAGAGGGAUUUCCAGAAACGAGCGGAAGAGGCCGCCAAUCAAGAUGACGAUGAGGAAAGUAACGACUUGGAUAACGAAAGCACGCAGCGUAUACAAGAUUUAUUCAGGAUGGCGGCCAGUCAAGAGAGAACGAUCCAAGGAACUCAGCAGCCGCCGAUCUUGUCCAGAACGAACGUGGGAAACCAGUCUAUUCGAGGCGGCUUGUCUCUGCAGCUUGUCGGCAAUCAGCCCGUUAUCAGUGGCCAUACUCACAUUUUAUCCGGUCAAGCCGCGACUCAGAAUGUUGGAGCGAGCGGUGCCGAUCAGGAAGGCGGUGAUUUGCACGUGCAAUCGAGUCACCAGCAGCAGCAGCAGCAGCAGCAGCAGCAGCGAAUGCCGGCAAAUCAGAGCGAAGAGCAGAUGCACAUGCCAACCAAUUACGGCACGCCUCUUGGCAGCCACUUCAGCUCCGGUCAGAAGUCCUAUUCUAUGGGCAUGCUGCAUUCCAUAGAGGACAAGGAACUGCAGCGGAAAAUGGACGAGACUAAGCGGAAGCAAGCCGAUCUUGAGGAGAGUCAGAAGAAGCAGGAGGAACACCAGCUGCACUCGCAGCAGCAAGCGUACCAACAGAGCCAACACGCGAGAAGCCAGCAGUCGCUGCAUCCCAGCAUGCUGCGACUGGACAACCUGAUCAUCAACGGAUCCAAUGUACCUAUGCCCUUGCAACAUAAUAUAAACGACGCACCUCCGCCACCAGAACGAGGCUCCAGUUACGCCGUUAUGUCUCAGCAAAACGCCCUUAGGUCAAACAGUUCGAUCGCGUCUAAUCUACCUCCCGCUUCCCAACAGCCACCGUCAUUGAAAAGGGUCUCUUUUCACGAUUCAAAUGCAAAUAGCGAGCCUACGCUGCGCAAUGUAUCGUCGGCGACGCCAAACCCACCUUCGUUCUCGAUGAACACCAUCAGAGAGGAUCCCAAUAAUUUUAUCAACGACGCAGAGAAUCUAUUAGCAUCCCCGAAAACACCGGAAGGAUCCGGAACUUCGUUUAGCGGCGCCACUCCCGGAGUGAUCGGGGCUCAAGAAGUGUACAAGGAUCCAAGGCAAAAACGAUUGGCGGAGAAACAGAAGCAGCAAAAUUUACAAAUCGGCGCGGUGCCAGAGAAACUCAGCUUCAAGGAGAAGAUGAAGAUGUUUGCGAUGGAAACCGGCGAGGACGGCACGCCGCGGGACAAGGUAAAGAUUUCACGCGCUCAGCGCGAGAUCGACAACAUUAGCAGCCCGCUCAAUUCUAACAAUAACAACAAUAAUAUCAACAAUAUCAGCGGCAAUAAUAACACCAAUAGUAAUAGAACUUGAAUGUUGCAUUUUCCUUAUUUUCAGGCUUUAGUGAUUUAAGAUAAUUGAAAUGUUUUCCGAGAUAUCUAAAAUGCUUGAAGGAAAAUCACAUUUAUGAAAGGCGUAAUCGAAGGGAUGUUAGUAUACAAGAUAAAGACGUAUAAUGUUUCUAAAAUUUAUAUCAUCUAGCAUAUAUAUAAAGCAUCGUGAUUAACUUCACUAAAUAGUAUUGCCUAAUCAUCAUUAAGUUUAUACAUAUAAAAAAUAAGAAAAUAGUAAUGUCUAUAAAUAUAAUUCAACUUUCAAAAAAUUUAAAAGAAUAAUAGUUAUUUGAUCGAGAAAGGCUAUUUUUAUUAUUAGCAGAAAAUAUACAGAGAUAGAUUUAUAUGUGAAAUUUAUUUGUAUUUGCUUUUUAUCUGUUGAAAAUUUACGUAUAUAAUGCUUAAGGUGGUGCGAGCGUUACUUAAUUUUCUUAAGAAAUUAUUCAAAUUUAUGCCAUUCGUACUCAGAGACUUCGUAAAUAUAAUCUCGCAAUUUCAACAAUAUUGACUCAUUAAUUGCUAAGAUAUUUGACCUCAAAGUAAGAAACUUUUACACAUCGUCUCAUGUGAAAAGUCGAUGUUAUAUUUAAUUAUGUGUUGUAAUAAAAAAAAACUAUUUUUACGAUUUCGAUAAAAAAACCUAGUUAAUAAGUAAAUUCAUAAUAAAGCUUUUAGAAAAAAAUUACGAUCGUUGUUAAUUAUUGAGAAAUUAAAGUUUGAAAUUUGAAGAUUUUUAUUACAUUACUUAAUGAUGAAGCACUGAUAUAACAUUGUGACAACACUGCAUUAUUGUGACGUUACGGUUAAUGUGAAUGCGCACUUUUUAAUCUACUUUCCGUGUUUUCUCACUCUCGUCGACGUAUUUUAUAUCACAAUUACGAACAGAAUAUACGAUCAUAAUACAGAUUAGAAUUUCAUAAAUUAUAAUCAACACACUGUUGUCACAUUUACGAUAAUGCACAGUGUAUAGUUUAAUACACAUAUCAGACUAUGGCAUUUUGGGCGAUUAUAGCUAAAAGUUUCGUGUGUAUAAAUGAGAAUUUCUUAUCCUGCUGUCUUCUCAAAAGCAUUAUUUUUAGCCAACACUGUCACGCUCGAACCACCUUAAAAUGUCUUGUACCUUUUUUUCCCCGAGCAUUAUAGAUACCUUAUCAUGUGUUUUCUGUCGCAUAAAGGCAGACAUACAGAGAGAGAGAGAGAGAGAGAGAGAAAGAGAGAACUAUGCUCACCUGUAUCUGUAGUUUUACAUGCGAUAAUUUUAUUAAUUUUUUUAUGAUACCUGAUAAAUAAUGAGAAUUUUUUUUGCAUUUAAGAUGAAUUGAAUUAGCUGAUGAUUCUUCACACAGCGUCAAAGUACAAACAAAAUUUUGUAUAGCUCUUUGACCAAAAAUCGUCGUGUGUUCUGCGAAGAAGGACCAUUAAUAACAUAACGAUAACGUUUACGGAUUGUAUUUGUUAUUUACGGCGAGAAGAAGAAAGCUCUGUCCGACUGUUCUCAUAUUCCACGUAUUCUAUACUCUUGAUUAUUUCCGGACCAACGUAAUCUUUUUAUAAAGUAAUCUAUCGCGAUCAGUGUGGUAUAGAAUAAAGCUCGCGAGGACUGCUAAGUUCGUCGAGGGGUUGCGAAUCGUUUCGCGAGUGUACAUAGAGAGGAGAACAGUAGGCCGGGCAGCAUAAUUGUCGUGUACGCAUUAGUUUUAUAUUUAUCUCAGACGCGAAAGAUUCUGAUACAUAUUUAAAUUGUAUAAUUACACACGAUUUGCAUACUUAUGCCAUUAUGCACUUAACAGAAUACGAAAAAAAAAAUAGUGAACGUAACUGAAAGGUAAAAUAGAAAAUGAAAAAAAGGAGAGAAGAGAGAGAGACGGUGCGUGCGUGCGUUGCGUGCGUAAAAAGGAAAAAAGUACGAAUAGCGAUAGAUUUAUAUUUAUAUAAUGCGUUCCAGAAAUACAAACGACACUAGUUUAGCUCUCGGAUUGAGGUUCCAUUUUGUAUAAAGUUUGAACUUUAUGCAAAAUGGUUUGGACUUUCAUCAGAAAAACUCAAUUGAACUCUGACGUUCUAUAGAAACUUUCAUAAAGGCACUAUUUCUCAGAAUUUAAACAACGGCUUUAUUUUAUGAAGAUAUUUUGCAGAGAGAUACAAUAUAAACAAUUCAAAUAAAAAAACUUCUAUUUUGAUAUAUCUGUAUUCGUCCCACUAGUCCCAUUUUCGCGAAGAAAGUCUAAAAUCUUACGUAACACAUUGAUAUCUUAUUAAAUUUAGACGUGACAAGAAAUCAAAUUUAGUUUUUUUGCUACUGUUAAAGACUUUAAGAAUCAUCCCGCUUUAUUAACAUUAUAUUUAUAUCACAAUAUAAUACUGGAAGAAUUUUCUUUUGUUCGUUUUAGAUCUGUCCACGCAAGAAACAUCACUAAUGUAAGAAGUAAAGACACUUAAGAUGCUUGUCGGAUGUAUUCAUUGUUUGUAUGAUUUUCUUUUAAACAAAUUUGCAAAAUUAAAAUCGAAGUUACAUAUUCAGAGAGAGCUUAGUGAUCUGAUAUGAGAAACGAAGCGUAGCAAUAUUAGGAUUUAAGAAACAACUUACAUAAUAACUGUACAAACAGUGGGGAGCAUUUGAUCUUGCGCAAUGCAAGACAGUAAGACACCGGCUAGUGUGUGUGUGUGUGUGAAGUAUUCACUUUCCAUUCAAUGCCUAGGUGAAUUUAUUAAAAUUAUGCAACAUUUGCUUGCAUUCCUCGCCGUCCAAUGUUUUGUGUUACGUCAAGAUAAAUUAAAUUAUUGUGCGCACUUUUUUGAGGUUCUUCGAUGGUAUUUUUGAAAACUCUUAAGUAUGCUUCUAGUAUUAUUUUUACGAAUGUGAUUUACUUUUUACAUUUCUCCUUUUAAAGUUUAUGAAUAUUGUACAACUUAUCUUCCGAUAAAUGGGGGAUCGAAGAUGGAGAAUGGAGAGAGCGCAGAAUGCAACUUGAGAAAUACUAACAUUGCUUGCACGAGAAAUCAUUCGCACUUAUAUUUUCACACGCUCUCGAGUUUGUAUAUUGAGUUCCGUUGGAGAAACAAGAAAUUAUAUUUGUUUUGCGUUUGUGAUUUCUUUCUGUAAUGACAAACAUUUAUAUUCCUCAUUAUUUGUACGAUCGAGGAUUUAUUUAACAAAAAAAAAAAAAAAAAAAAAAAAAA